UUUACAGGGAAGUAAUCAGGGCCUGUCUCAACCUAUAGGCAAUGGCUUACAUUCUCAAGAUAGGUCCUAGAGAAAGGUCAAUUAUCAAUUUGUUGCCUCUUUUGCUACGUCUUUUGCUGCCUUUCAUUCUUGAGACUUCGAGGCUUGGGGCUGAAGGUCUUGGCCUGUCGUAUAACUAGGUCCAACAGGUUGUUAAAGCACUGUAUCUUGUUUGUCGGAAGGUAUCUAACGUUGUGUAGGUUUCCAAAAGGACCCUAUGAUAACUGUAGAGUAUCAAUUGAUUCAAGACCGAUUCGAGCGAGUAUUAAUCUUUACUCUGCCAUAUAUUUAUAGUGCAUGCACCCUUACCCUUCGCCCGUCGUCCUUCUUUCACUUGAUUGACAGACACCUACUGCUCCUGAUUACUUGGGCAUCUUUACAAUCCGACGACGCAAACAUGGCAGAAAAGCAACUCCGUAUCAACCAGGAGAACGCUUUGCAGUUCCCUCUCCUGGGGUCGUCAGCUGCACAGGCUGAAGCGGGUGCUUUGGGUCAAGCCGGCAGCCGCUGUCUGAAAGCUCUGUACGUUGAGGCCACGUCAAAGCAAUCACAAUUGGGAAAACAGAAAGGAACAAAAUCAGCACCCGUUUGGACUGAGGUGCAGACACGCACCCGUACCCUGGAAAAAACACUUCAUGAGAUGAAUAUACCAACCUCUCCGUCUCACGUACUGGGAGGACAUCAUCAUAAGAAUCCGCCGUCCCCCUCGUGUCCCUCUACACCUCUGGCUCGACGAGCUACUGGGGGUGCUCUGCUAGCAAGCAGUGCCGGGAAGAAACUUCCACCCGCCGCAUGGAGCGUAUUAGACAUGCAGAUUCGUCGCGAGCAAGACGACCAUGAAGCCUUCAUGCGGGCUUUAUCACCCGACACCAAAGCGGCGGAACUUCUUGCCCAGGGCUCUACCGAGAUCCGGGAGCAUCUUCUGGCAGAUGUGAAAAGGGCCAUUGCGGGUCCACCUCCAGUCGAGGACUUUCACCCGGAGACCGCACGAGACGAUGGAAAGUUUGAUCGUCCCAGUCUCAGUGGACUGGAUGAGGCUCACCGUGCCGAUACGGCGUGGGAGCAACAGACGAAUACCUGGAGGAGCGGUUUAGAGUUGGGGCCGAUGCUCGCAUGUACUGAAUAUACUGAUUGCGAAACGCCUCAAAUUGUCCAAACAGCCCGACACCUCCUAACCAUGCCCCGACUGGCCAGUAUUCUACAGCAGCAAUUUCCCGAUGGCACCACCGGGAAUCAUGUCAUUAUUCAUGGCCACGACGGCUCGUCCUACACCUUUGACGAACUCGCCUUCCAUCCGACAUACUGCCACUUAAUGGAAGAAGAGGAGCUGUGGAACACGCUUCAUAGCCCUGCGAUGAAUCGUCUACUGGGCCAGGCCCAUCAAUCCCAGCCACUUACGGGCUUCACUACUGUCGACCUGCAGCGGCUCGCCAUGGCACAACGCGUUGCUAGCGUUGUCAUCCACAUCGCGAUGCGCGACUCCAUUCAUUAUAACUUCGGCGGGUGGCAACAGCCUGCGCUCGAAGUGCUACGCGCUCGUCAGGGAUCCUGCUCUGGCAGUGCCAAUCUGACCGUGGCUCUGGCCCGAGCUGCUCGCGUGCCUGCCGGUGCCAUCCGCUUGCACGUCGAGACCCCCGGGUACUUCGGACGUGCUGCCAUCCCCAACGCAGUCGGUGGACCUAACAGGGUCAGCGUCCAUUAUCAGGUCGGGUGGGUUACCUUACAGUCUGCUGUCGACGGGGCGUUCACCUGGCAGGUCGUAAGAUCGGACCCGUCCGAUGAGUUCGAUGUCGGGGCUGGUUUGGAACAUUUCAAUUGCCCUCGCAGUCGCGUCACCCAUUUUGACGGCAGUCAUGAUUGCGUUUUGCUCUUUCAGCCAGAAGAGGUGCUGGAUGAUGUUGGUCCUCUAGCUAACAUCGACCCGCUGCUGCGCAAGCAGAGGCCUCAGGUCCCUUCUAUUUCACAGCGACUUGAGCUUUUUCGCGCCGUGCAUGCGCGCGGUCCAGUAGCUGGUAUCCAACGAGUGGCUUCUCAGAUCAUCCAGAGUCCCGUACCAAGGACGAUAUGA